AUGGUCGACAAUGAAAAACGAGACAAUAUAGCAAAUGCUCGUCGAAAAUUAAGAAAAUUUCGUGAUCAACAACAACAACAGCAAAAUAGUGAUGAUCAUUUGACCUUUAGUCCAGAAAGCAAUGGCACUAAUGUUUAUCCUAUAAAUGGAACAACAAGUGAACCUAUUAUCAAUUAUAAUAAUAAUACUUCUCAUACUAUUCCACAACAUUUAAAUAGUUUUGUUAAUGAACAACAAGCUAUACUUAACGGAAUACAUGUAAAUUUAUCCAAAUCACCUAUUACUGAAUUAGAAGAGCAAAAUCGUCAAUAUGCAUUGCUAAUUGAAAAUCAAAAACAACAACGACUUCGUCUUGAAGAUCAACGGCAGUAUGGUGGUGACAGUAGUAUGUCUGGUCGUUCAAGUCGAGCUCAAUCUGAUGUUGAUUUAGUACGACAAAUAGAACAUAAAUAUCGUCGUGAUUUUGAACAUUUACAAGAACAACUUGAAAUUCAUGUUCAAACAAUAGGUAUUUUAGUUGCUGAAAAAACUGAUCUAUCAGCUAAAUUAAGUCAAUCAGUAAAACAAUAUGAACGUAAACAAGGUGAAAUUGAUGAAAUUCAAGGUCGUUUAAAAGCAUCUCGUGAACGUGUUGAAGAACUUGAAAAACAAAGUCAAAAUCAAACAUCAAAUGCACAAAAACGAGAAAUUGCAACAAAAGAAUCUGAUAAAGAACUUGAUCGACUUAAAACAGAAAAUAUUCAACAAAAUCGAAUAAUCGAAGAAUUAAAACAAAAUCUUAUGGAGUUUAAUGAAAAAGUUGAUAAACGACAAAAUACUAUUGAUCAAUUAAAUAAUGAAAUUUUAAAAUUAAAACAAAAAUCUGAACAAUCAGAAAUUCGUUUACAACAGUUUCAAUCAAUUAAUGAUACAUCAGUAAUAAAUAAAUAUGAACAACAAAUUGAUGAUUUACAAAAAACACUUACAUUAAAAAUAAAUGAAGCUGAAGUGCUACUUUCGUCCAUUAAUCAAAUGCGUUCGGAUAACGAUCAAACACAAUUACAAUAUCAACAAUAUAAUACGAAUGUACAACGGCAUAUACAAGAAUUGAAUGAGCAAAUCAAACAAUUAGUUCAAACAAAUUCUCUACUGGAAAAUGAACAAGAAGCGAUAAAACAAUCUUAUGAAAUGAAGAUAAGUGAACUACAAAAUACUCAAAUAGUUCAUAAUGAUACUACAAAUAAUGAUUUUAUUCUUGAACGUGAUGCACUUUUACAAGAAAAUCAAUUAUUUAAACAGGCUAUUGAUGAAUGGUCAAGACGAUUUGAAGAAACACGAUUAGAAAACGAACAAAUAAUCAAACACUUAAAUGACAAAGAUGAAUAUAUUUUUCAAUUAGAAAAAAGUAAUGGAAAAGUUCAAGAAAAUAUGGUUGAUCAUGAAAAACUAUUACAAGCAACACAUGAAGAUAAAACAACGUUAUCACGUGCUAUUGCACAAAAUAAACAAUUAAAAGAACAGUUAACUGAACUUCAAGAUGGUUUUAUUAAAAUGUCAAAUGAUAAUAUGAAUUUAACAAAUCAAAUUCAAGCAACAGAUUAUUUAAAUAAACAAUUAAAUGAACAACUGGCACAAAAAGAACUUCAAGUAGAACAUAUACAAACAACGGAUAAUGUUCAUAAUCAUGAACAAUCUCAAAUAGUAGAUAAUGCUGAACAAGGAACUACUACACAGCAAGUGAACGAUUUAUUAGCAGAAAAUAAAUCAUUACGAGAACGUCUUUCACAACUUGAACAGCAACAACAACAAUCUCCAGUGAAAAAUGAUACACAAAAUAAUGACUCCAGUUCUUUAUCAUCACUGCCUUCGGCUGUUGAUGAAAGUCCGCAAUUACAAAAUGGAUUUGUUGAAAAAAUUAUUGAUCGUUUUAAUCGUGCAAUGCGUGAUAAUGCUGAUUUACAAGAUCGAACUCAACAACUUGAACAUCUUAUUUUACAAUUACAAAGUGAAACUGAUACAAUUGGUGAUUAUAUAUCUUUAUAUCAACAACAACGUCAUCAACUUCAUCGACGUUAUCAAGAAAAAGAUGAUUAUAUUAAACAAUUAACACAAGAUCGAUUAAAUCUACAAAGAAAAUUAUCCGAAUUAGAAACAUUAUUGAUGCGUGGUUUAAAUAAAUCAUCGACGGAUAUGAAAGAUCAAGAGAAAACAAUUCAGAAUGAAACGAUAUCUUCCGAUCGACAGCAAACUAUCGAUGAAAAUGAAUGGCCUGAAAUGAUUGAUAAUGCAAUAUCUGCAUUAUCUCCAACUGAACAAGCGACUUCAUUUCAUGAUGAUAAAACAGCAAUUACGAGUGUACCUUCUUUAUCAUCAUUGUCUAAUUUUGAUAAUGAAACAAAAGCGCGUAUCUUAAUUUUACUUAAAGAAUUAGGACAAAGUGAUAAUUCAUCAUCAAAAACAGACAAUUUAUCAACAACGAAAUUAGCGUUUAUUGGUAAAAAUCUCUAUGUUUGUUCGACAUGUACAGGUCCUGUUCAAUGGGUGUGA